UCGAUUUUGUCACAAUUUUCGUGGUCGCCUGACAUUUUAAUUUCCAGUGUCAGGGGAGUGUCAGUAAAUUUCUUGUGCUAAAUCAAUGGACGGUGAGACCCGAAGCCAGCGUAGCCAACGGAGCAUACGCAGCCAAGGGGAAUAUCCUGCCGAUGGGCCCCGCUAUAUCCAAACACUCACCGACACUGAAACCGUCUACGAAUCACCGAUUGACAUAAACAUCAGCAAAACGAAGGAGAUCCAGGUGCCCCCCUUGACGUGGCACCACCUGGACUUGCCCCCCAAAAAAAUGAAAGUCACUAAUUCGGGCUACACUUUAAUUUUGAGCGCGAAAUGGCACCAGGAGCGGCCCUACAUAUCUGGAGGGCCCCUCCUUGGUAAUUACGUCUUCUCCCAAUUGCAUUUCCAUUGGGGAAAGAACGAUGGAGAAGGGAGCGAACAUACCAUAGAUGGGGUCCGCUACCCCAUUGAAAUGCACGUGGUCUUCUUCAAAGCCAAUUAUCUGACUCAAGAAUCGGCUUUGAAGGAGAAAGACGGGAUUGUGGUGCUUGUCUACAUGUUCAAACUCCAGGGUGGUAAAAACGAGGCGUUUCAAGUCUUGAUCGACCAUGUUAUGGAGGUCCAAAAGCCGCACACUUCGCGGAAACUGAACCCUUUGCCUUUGAGUUACUUUGUGAAGAAGUUUGAGCAGGAUUAUUUGUUGUAUUGGGGUUCUGUGACCACAACUGUGUGUCUUCACUAUAUUUUGUGGUUGAUUUCACGGGAGCCGAUGGGGGUUGCAGCUGAACAAGUUGACGAACUGCGCUCGAUGCUGGACGCCAAUGAAGAGCUUUUGCAAGGGAAUUUUCGGGAGGUUCAGUCGGGGAGGACCCAGGUUUUUCACGCGAAUCCGUCCGGGUCCAAGUAUGCAACACUGCUUGCUCUGCCAUAAUCAAAUAGUUUUCGUUCGGUAUUCUUCUUUAUUCAGACAUGUGUAAAUUUUCUAAUGAAGUUCUAGUAUAUACAUAUUGCAUUAUACAACUUUUGUACAUAAAUAAAGAUUACAUUAGUCAG